UAUUACGAAUCUGAAAGCAAAAUUGAAGAGACAAAAGUUUUGACAAAAAUUUCAGGUCAUUUUUUUCCUCGUUUCUAGUGCACGAUAUUUCUUCAGUUGAAUAAAGUUUUUUUCGCAUUUACGUAUUUUCUAGGAAGCAUUCAGGGGUCCAAAACGCAGUCUUCGUUGAAGAAGUUGAAGAAUUGGGAAGAAAAGAGUGAGCGUCCAAACGUGAAGGUGAAGUCAAACUGCAUCGCAAAAACGUCACUCCAUAAGAGAUUAUCGAAGGAGAGUCGUGGAGACAGUGAAAACGGAAUGUUUGAUCAGAGGCGCCGAUCACCUGGCAAGAUUUACAGAAAAAAAAGCAUGAGAACGCUCGCGCACACGACAAGUGUCUUGGUGGUUGAGCAGCUGUUCUCCAUGGGUGAAGCUGAAGAAAAAAAAGAGAGAAACAUAAAAACGAGGAGAGCAGGAGUGAGAGAAAAAGAGACAAGGUGCACGCGCCAUCGACGAAAUCGCGGAGUCCUCUCCGUUGGGACCUUUUACGAGGGGACUUCGGAGAUGGUUUGAUUUUCGUGUUCGUCGAGAUGCCAAAAUUCUCGUUCUCUCACUGUCUCUUUUUUCUUGUUUUUUUUUUCGUUCUUCCCUGCUCUUCGAAUAAUAACUAUGAUAAAACGAAAACAACCCCCGAGCAUUCCCAUCGGAACGUCCCACCAUUUUAUAGAUAUAAACCAAACUUUUUUACUCGCUUUAUAAUUGGCGAAACAUCUUUCCACACACGUAGAUUUUUCUCCUGAUUUCGCAAAGAAUUUCAGUAAAAAUCAGUAAAUCGAUUGAAUCGAGGAGGCAGUUACGUUCAUUCUGUAAUACACACGAACCUGCUCUCGUUUACGACGUUUUAAUCAAGUUCUCUCUGAAUAUCCAAUCGAAAAUAUUACUCAGAAAUAAAAAAAAAUGGGAAUAAUAUAGUGGAUUCAGAAAAGCAUAAAAAUGAGCUGGUCGAAAGGACUUUUCAAACUCGAUGAAAAACCAGCAUUUUUGCUUCAAACUAAAGUGCCAAAAAAUAUCGUUAUUGAUUGAAUUCGCUUUAAAAAUUCCUUCAAAAUACAGUUAAAAGAGCGUGCAACGUCGACACUCUGAUUGAGCACAAUUCAGUAAAAUUUAACUUUCGAAAUUAGUGGGUUUGGAAAAACUGUUUUCGCUUCUGCAUUAAAGUUGCAAAUCUCCUCGAAUUUUCGUCUUCUGCAUAAUGUUUUUUCUUCGCUUUUCAUACAGUCGAUUCAAGAGUAUUUUUGGAAGCAGAUUUUUGAGUCCGGAACGAAUUUCGCAAGAGAAAUUGAAAUAAAGCAGAAGAAAGCCAAGAUGUCUCGAUCGGUGGAGGUUUCCUCAUGCUGCACAAAAGAAUUCUCCAGUGUUGAAAAUCCUCUUCGUCGAUUCGAGCCGAAGAGGUCCGUACAUAUGUGCGUGGAACGAGCCCGGAGAACCCUCAACAGCAGAACGCGUUCUUCACAAUUCUUCAGUUUUUGUUUGGGGAUCACGAGGGUGGAUCGACGCUUCGGCCAGCAUGAAUUUUGGCCCCGGUGGUCUGAGAGUCUACCAUAUGUUGAGAAGGGAAAAACAAGGCCAAAAAUCGUGAAGAAUCGUGGCUCGAGAAAAUCGAUUUUUCACAGAGUUUUUCCAGAGGUUCCUACGCGUGUUCAGAUGAUGCACGUUCGUUUGGAUGCGUGGAAUAUCGAUCCUUGGGAACCCGGUGGUGGUGAUGAUGAUGACGGUGAUGACGAGGACACAGCUGGACUUGUGCCAGCGCCUCCCUCUCGCUGCAGACACCCAUCUGCCACGUAAUCGACGUCGAUCGCGGCCUUCGUAAUCGCAGUCACACCGAACACUUUCUCUCCCUCCGUAUACUUACAGCUUUCGACUCUUACCAACGAAUUAUCUCAUCAGCACGUAUUUCUCUCUGCUUUCAUCCGAUCUACAAACUCUUACCCUCCGACCAAUUAAUUAUCUACGAAGCGAAGUCUCCACUUUCCAAGUUUUCGACUAACGUUUCCGGAAACACGAAAUUCUAUUCAUUUUUAGGACUGCUAAUCGCUGAACUUUGUUUACGAGACUCUUGUCGACGCAUUCUUGAGAAACGAGUAGCAAACUCAUUUGGCAGCGUGGAAAAAAAGCCUGAUAAUUCGUCGAGGAAUAUCGUUGGUCGAAUGAGAUUUGGAUGACUCGAACGAGUGAUUGCUCUCUGAAAAUCGUGAUUUAGCGAGUCCAAAAUAAAGUAUUUGCGAUUGGA